GGAAUGUAUCAUGAUUUGGUGUGGUCUUGCCACAGUACGUUCGGUUUUGACGGCGAAUAGGGAAUCGCUAACAGUGUUAUUGAUGCUUUUUUCUCCGACAUUUCCAUGGUAACUGUCCAAAAUUGGAUCAACAGACAGCAGCGAGAACACCCAAGUAUUCAACCAUGGACCUAGACGAGAAGAAACCGACUCCGGACUCGAAAUAUGGUAAGAAAUGUUCCCUUUCUUCGCAUUUUCUUUGCACCGUUAUUUUUGUAAAAAGGGGUGUGGGUGGAAGAAAUGGAAACAAUGACUCGUGAAUGAUGGGUGGGGACCGGCCGCGUGUGUCCCACUCCCAAACAGAUUUAAAUCGCAUCAUCAUCUUUGGCAAAACAUCAUCCUAAUCAGUGUGCAGAAUAAUAGUUUACGUUUCCCAUUAAAAAUACCCUUUUACAAAGAAUGAAUCUUGCGUGUAUCAAAGGCUUGCAGACGUGCUGCUCUAGCCUACAUCUCUCAAGAGAUGCGCUGUUUAUGUUCAAUUUAAGGACUAAGUGAUAUUCAUUGUUGUACACUGAUCAUAUGGAAAUAAAUAACCACCUAGGCCUACAUGUCUCCCACACGGUCCAUUGUUCCCACAAAUUGGAAUCAGAAGAAUCAGACAGCAAAGUCGGAUAGUCUAUUCUACAGCAGUAGGCUUUUGUCCAUUUGACUUUAACAAGUAUAUUAGACAAAGCUAUUAGUCAAAUGUUGCUUUGCAGGCAAUGUAUAAUUCAUUGACAAUUAAUUUCUACAACAGAAUAAUCAAUACAAUGAAUGAAUUGACAGCUUAUAACUCUGAGGUUGGCUCAGUCUGCUCUCUCACAGAAGCAGAAGUUGUUUGUGUGUUUUUCCUCCUGGCAAAAAUCAGCUGUGACAACACCCAUGUGGUGAUAUGUAGAAUGCCAUAUGGUUAUUACACACACACACACACACACACACACACACACACACACACACACACACACACACACACACACACACACACACACACACACACACACACACACACACACCACCGCAGCAGAAACAUUUGGCACUCAGCUAUGGUGCAUCAUUGACACUGAUUUAUUUACGUUUUGCCAUAAUGACUUUCUAAAACGGCACUCAUUGCGUGGCAUGUCACAUAUGUCUCUCAAGAGGUAGACUGAUGGUGAGCCUGUCCAUCGCUGCAGUUGUACUUCCAAAUGGUGGUUGGACUUUGGGUUGGGUUGUUGUUCAUAAGAUCUGUUGAGUCAUCGAGUUUCCUCCAUCCUGUUUAUCUUACCUUAAUCCCUCCAGUCAAUGUCAUCACAUGUUAGAAUAGACCUACACUUCAAACCUCAACUGAUUACCAACAUAGCAGGCUUACAACACGUUGUCAGUAAUUCAGCUUUUAGGCCCCACCCUAGUCAUACUAUGAAGAAGAUGGAGGCCUAAGUUUGUAAUUCCAAUGUAAUUUAAUUAAUGCUAAAUUGGAUUCACUGAAAUCCAUCCAGUAUUACUAGUUUGUAGGAAAGGGAGUGAGAGACGGACAAUAGUUGACUUAUAGGCACAUUCUCUAUGGCAGGUUUCCCCAACUGGCAGGUGAUUUUAUUUGGCCCCCCAAGUUUUCUGAGCCCAACAAAAAUGUAUAUGAAUAAUAAUAAUUGUAAAAACACCAGAAAAUCAGCUUCAAGUGAUUUUAAUUUCGGAAAUCUGUUCCCAAGUAUUCCCAGGCAUAAUAGAGAGACACAUUAUCAUGUUAUUAUGUUUUAGUCAAAUAUUAUCUGUUUGGGCUUAUUGCAGUCAAUUUGCAAUCUACAAAUGAUUUGUAAUUACGUUCCGGCCCUCCGACCAUCCGCUCAAGAAAAAAUUGGCCUGAAUCUGGUUGAUGAUCCCUGCUCUAUGGUUUAUCUUAGGAGCCACUGAUGUCAGUACAGUAUCCUUGUGACUUUCCUGUUGCCAUGUAAACAGGCAUUGUCCUCAGUCAGCUCCCCGCCCUCACAUCACACAUCAGCCAGAAAGGUCAUCAACUGAACGGAAGGCAUUUAAACCAAUGUUUCAGGUACCUAUAGAUAGUAAAAGCCUGGAUCCCAGUUUCCUGCUAGCCAGGGCCUGUAUUCAUAGUGUCUCAGAGUAGGAGUGCUGAUCCAGGAGGUAGGAGUGCUGAUCCAGGAGGUAGGAGUGCUGAUCCAGGAGGUAGGAGUGCUGAUCCAGGAGGUAGAAGUGCUGAUCCAGGAGGUAGGUGUGCUGAUCUAGGAGGUAGGUGUGCUGGUCCAGGAGGUAGGAGUGCUGAUCCAGGAGGUAGGAGUGCUGAUCCAGGAGGUAGGAGUGCUGAUCCAGGAGGUAGGAGUGCUGAUCCAGGAGGUAAGAGUACUGAUCCAGGAGGUAGGAGUACUGAUCCAGGAGGUAGGAGUACUGAUCCAGGAGGUAGGAGUGCUGAUCCAGGAGGUAGGAGUGCUGAUCCAGGAGGAGGAGUAUUGAAACUGAUCCUAGAUCAGCACUACUCUGAGACACAUACAGGCCCUGGUAUCAUGUCUCUUUGUACUGUUUUGCCAACAACCUGGAGACAGCAAACCAGCCCAAACAGCCUAGGGAGCAGGCUAGUAUCCUGCCAUGUUGUCUAUAGUAAUAUCCUCUGACUGUGUAUGAGUAGGCCAGUGUGCUGGCUGGAUGUCUUGUCUAGUCUAAAGCACCAGCCGGUAGCAGCAUGCACAGGCCGGCUGCUGAGUGUCUGAUGUACCCACUCAACACACUGAGUCUAGGGGCACUGAGUCAACUCAUUAACUCCAGUGGCGCGCACACACACACACACAUACACACACACACAGCAUCUGAGUGUGUGUGUUGUUUCACAAUGAUCCUUUGUCAUGCUGUCUCUGGCUGUCAGGUCACAGCAAAACUGUUAGAAAGAUUUGCUUAGUGUGAUCGUAGUGAGCCAUGUAGGGGAAUGAGAGGGGAGCGGCAGGCAGGAUUUGGGCUGGAUUUAUUUGGCAACCAGCGACAAGUUUAGACACUUCAGAAAAGGGAGUUGGACAUGUCCCCCCCCUCUUCAGGCUCCAUCCAGGAAUAUCUGAUGGUUUCUCCAGUCUACUGCCAAAGAAUAGUUUACUCUGGAAGCUGUUGAGUUGUGCAGUAUAAACUACACCAUGACCUUUUCCACAUCAAUAUGAUGUGUUGUUUAAUUGUCACCUACACCAGAUAGGUGCAAGGAAAUUUGUAGUACGGCACCCCUGGGGCAAAUUAGGGUUAAGUGCCUUGCUCAAGAGCACAUCGACAUAUUUUUCACCUUGUCUGCUCAGGUAUUAGAACCAGUGACCGUUCGGUUACUGGCCCAAUGAUUUAACCACUAGGCUACCUGCCAUUGUAGUAGCCUAUAUUAUUAGCGAAGUCCUUCCAACCUAUGCUUGUACACACAUGGAAUUAGUAAUAUCUAAUGAAUAUACAAGAUUAAUAUCGACAUUCAAAUGCCAUGUUUUUGAAUAACAUUGGAACAAGAGGCUUCUUUCGCCACCACCUAUCUGCAGCUACUGCCAUGACGACAAUCCAGCCAUGGCAGCGAUGCCCUGUCUCUGUGUGCUAGACCACAACAGAACAGCAGACACCAUUAAAUCAUUAGAUCACUAGACCACUAACCCUAUUAAGAGUGUCUGGGUAGAGGUCAUUCAAUAGUCCCAAUGGGUCUGGAAGUGGAACAUGUCCAUCAUGACAUCACUGUGUGACUCAGCUGGUAAGAGCAUGGUGCCAGCAACGCCAGGGUCGUGGGUUUGAUUCCCGCUGAGGUCACAUACUAAAAGGACUCACUGAGCUUGUCGUUUUGGAUAAAAGCUUCUGCUAGCCUGGCCCCAGAUCUGUUUGAACUCUCUUGCUUACGUCAUUGUCAUGCCAUGACAUUUGACAAGACAGCACACACAGAUCUGCAGCCAGGCUACUCCCACUCUAGGUCCCAUUGUCAGACUGAAAUCUGUCAAUACACACUAGCCAGUAUUGUCUAUACCAUGCUGUCUAUCACAUGGCCUUGGAGGUGGGAAGGUGUCAUGGCCAGACCAGAGAGAACAUGUAGGAGGGCUUAUCAUCCUUCCAGAUCAGACGCAGUCCGUCUCAGAUAUGUAUGUAUGGUGGUCUAUGCAGGCUGCAUUUUCAUUUUUUGUAUUUCACCUUUAUUUUGACAGGGAAGACCUAUUGAGACCUAUGUCUCUUUUCCAAAUGCGCCCUGUAUAAUACAAUAUAUAAUACAAUAUAAAAUACAUGUCAGAGUAUGCUGGGUAGACUACAAACAUAGUCACGUCAAUGUUUUGCUGAAAACUCAUUUUGAGCUCAUUCUGAAUUGGAUGGUUUAUAGAUCAUAUAUUUGAUAGUUAAGAAAUUGUUUGUAAAUCAUAUGUAGCCUAGUUAGAGAUACUUCCAGUACGGUUGUGAAGGCAUUCAGAGGAGUGACAAGUUUGAAAAUAAGUCCCAUCAUUUUUGCUGGCCAGCGAGAGAACUGCUGAAUCAUAUGAAGGAUCCUCUUCCUGUAGGCAUUUUACAGAUAUAAUGUUGCAUAUGUUAUUUGAAGGGACAUUCUGUAUGAACCACUAGACCUAACUAAGUCCUGCACAGUGCACCAUAUACUGUUUGUUUGCAGUCGACCCAGUUAGGUGCAUAGCCUGUUGCUAUCCCCUGAAUAGGAAGGAAAUUGCAGUUGAGUGUUAACGAAAGAUCAUCACUGUAGCUAUUAUAUCAGUGUCUACAUACUUUACCUACAUGAGAGUGAUAGAUGUUUAGCUUCAUUUCUAGUCACCCCAACUUUUGUAUCCACACCCAUCUAUUUCAGGAUAGAUUCAAGUCCUGUGUAGCUUUUAAAAUCCACUGAAUUAGGCUGAACUUGUCACCAAAGUCAUUUUAGGAGUGAAACAGGUUAAGUAGUGCCACUGAGGGAAUAGAGAAACACUGCUACCUCUCUCUCUCUCUCCACUCCUCUCCAACCCUCCUGUGUGCCACCCAUUCCCAUGAUAAGAGCCCAGUAAAAGAGGCAAAGAGAGGGAGGAAUGGAGAGAGCGAGUGAAAGGAGAGAGCAUAACGGUAAAGGAAGGCAGAACUCUCUGAGAUACAAGAUUUGACUCGUUCUUUAUUUUGCAACAUACAGGAAGAAGGAAGUGAAGUCUAAGGUGGUGGUCUAGAGUAUAGACACACUUAAUGCAGUAAAAGUAUUCUGAAAGAAAUAUAGGCAACUCAACACAUGAAUACAGCCAACCUGUUGAUGAAAAAGACAGAAAAGGAGUGACUGAGGAGUGAGAAUGGCAACAAAUAAAGGUAUUGUAAAUAUUCAGGUCAGCGUUGUAACGUUUGUUGUUGUGCCUGUUUCUUUCACUUCUCACUGUGAUGACUGAUGGCAUGAUGGGAAAAGCCUUUUCAGAUGUGUUGUUGUUUAUGUUUUGAACUGAACAUAAUAGACUGUAAUUAAAGACAUAGUAAAUGAAUGUGGUUGAGAUUGAGCCAACUCAAUCUGGUUUAGUCUAUGGUACACUGGGUGUUCGAUGGUUGCAACAUGUGUGUGAUCGGAUGACACAGUGAAAUAGUGUACACUCCUAGAACCAAAAAGGGUUCUACAUGGAACCAAAAAGGGUUCUCCUAUGGGGACAGCCGAAGAACCAUUUUGGAACCCUUUUUUCUAAGAGUGUAGGUUACAGUGUGUCAUCACAUUGCAGCCAUUGUGUACAAUGGGAUUUCCAACGCUCAUACAAUAAUGUUCUUAGAUACUGUACAGUCAAACUAACUGUUCUGCCAUCUGAAGAAAAGGGGUGUUUAUUUUUUUGUUGAGCAGGAUGGAAGGUCUGCAACAAUGUUCUCAGUCACACUGUGCUCUAUGUUCGGAAAAUAAUGUGACGUGUUCAUUAACAAGACACAUGGCCAAAUGUCAUAACAGGAUAAGUAUCAAGAUCUUAGAUGCAAAACAGGAAAUACAAUGUUGCCCUACAUCAUUUGCAUACUGUGGUCCCAUGCGAUUCCCACGGGGGACCAGUACGGGGAAAAUCACGAAAAUGUAAGUUACUCUGGAUAAGAGCGUCUGCUAAAUGACAUAAAAAAUUAUUGGCUGAUUGAGCUUUUUCUAUUGGUUUCCAGAUGUUAUGUAGAAUACAUUGUAUCAGGAACAUUGUAGACUGUGUACACAACAUUAUAACUGUCUUGCUCUGCUAACAGACUAUGGUGAAUUGAGUAGAUGCGCUGUCUGAUGUGGCGUCUCUCUAGUCUCUGAGAUGUUACCAUAGCAUUACUAUGGCACCUAGGAAUGUCCACCGGGAGCUCUGAGUCACCGGGGAGCCAUUUUGUGGGUUGCUAGGCAUGUCAGUCUCGCGGGAGAAUCCUUUUGUUAUGGAAAAUAUGUCCCAGCUUUGUCAAUGUACACACACAUACAGAUAUACUGAUACACACAGAUAUAAACACACAGAAACACACUCACGUAUGCACACGUACACACACCUGUGUAUAAAUGUAAAAACUAAACAAAAACUAAGCUCUCUCUCGAUUUGCUUGUUCACAGGUGAAGCAAGGAAGUUUGACCCCACCUUCAAAGGACCCAUCCACAACAGGUAAUCAUCUCAUUAUCAGCUUUGACAGCCAAUCCUCACUCUACCAAUUACCCACAUAGCAAAGCUCAAUAAAGCUCAACGUCAAAAAAUAGCAGUCUAACCAUCUCUCUCUCUCUCUCUCUCUCUCUCUCUCUCUCUCUCUCUCUCUCUCUCUCCUCUCCUCCUCUCUCGCUCUCUCUCUCUCUCUCUCUCUCUCUCUCUCUCUCUCUCUCUCUCUCGCUCUCUCUCUCUCUCUCUCUCUCUCUCUCUCUCUCUCUCUCUCUCUCUCUCUCUCUCUCUCUCUCUCUCUCUCUCUCUCUCUGUGAUUGCCAGGGGCUGCACAGAUGUGUUCUGCUGUAUUCUCUUCAUCUUGGCCAUACUGGGAUACUUUGCUGUUGGGAUCCUGGGUGAGUGUCUCCAAAACUACACUAUUACUGGCCGUUACAUCAGUCCAAGGGCCCUGUGUUUUGGUUAAUCAUGUCACAUGACCUGGAUUUGAACUUUUAUUUUAAGCCUUUUCCAGAAAUGGUAAUUGGACCAAAAAUGAAAGCAAUUGUCUGAGGAUGGUGCUCGGCCAUCAGACAGAAAAAGGAAAGGGGACAGUUUGAUGAAAAAGCUUUAAUUAAAGGUUAAAAUCCAGGUCAUGUGACAUGAUUAACCAAAACACAAGGCCCUAACAAGACACUGUAAAGUGAUAUUCUAUUCUAUUUGAAGUGAUUCUAUUCAAUUGUGUGUUGUUAUGAUAACUGGACUGUAUCUGAACUACAGUGUUGUUAUACUUCCUCCUACUCCAGCCUGGUCUCAGGGGGACCCCAGGAAGGUAAUCUACCCCACUGACAGCAGAGGACAGUUCUGUGGCCAGGCCGGGACCCCCCUGGAGUAAGUCCCUUCAAUUACCCCCCUAGCUAUUCUGCCUUUGAACAUCUCUCUUCAUUUCUGAUCCUUUAGAAUUCCUCUUGUCCAUUCACAUGUCAAGCUAUUAUCUGUCUCUUUGUGUUAAUGUCUUUUGUGGUAUUAUCCUGAUGCCCUGUGGUGAGCCUGUAACACCCUGCUGUGUGAAAAUAAAAAAGAACGCCCUGAAGGAUGUACAGUGAGGGAAAAAAGUAUUUGAUCCCCUGCUGAUUUUGUACGUUUGCCCACUGACAAAGAAAUGAUCAGUCUGUAAUUUUAAUGGUAGGUUUAUUUGAACAGUGAGAGACAAAAUAACAACAAAAAAAUCCAGAAAAACGCAUGUAAAAAAUGUUAGAAAUUGAUUUGCAUUUUAAUGAGGGAAAUAAGUAUUUGACCCCUCUCAAUCAGAAAGAUUUCUGGCUCCCAGGUGUCUUUUAUACAGGUAACGAGCUGAGAUUAGGAGCACACUCUUAAAGGGAGUGCUCCUAAUCUCAGUUUCUUACCUGUAUAAAAGAAACCUGUCCACAGAAGCAAUCAAUCGGAUUCCAAACUCUCCACCAUGGCCAAGACCAAAGAGCUCUCCAAGGAUGUCAGGGACAAGAUUGUAGACCUACACAAGGCUGGAAUGAGCUACAAGACCAUCGCCAAGCAGCUUGAUGAGAAGGUGACAACAGUUGGUGCGAUUAUUUGCAAAUGGAAGAAACACAAAAGAACUGUCAAUCUCCCUCGGCCUGGGGCUCCAUGCAAGAUCUCACCUCGUGGAGUUGCAAUGAUCAUGAGAACGGUGAGGAAUCAGCCCAGAACUACACUGGAGGAUCUUGUCAAUGAUCUCAAGGCAGCUGGGACCAUAGUCACCAAGAAAACUAUUGGUAACACACUACGCCGUGAAGGACUGAAAUCCCACUGCGCCCGCAAGGUCCCCCUGCUCAAGAAAGCACAUAUACAGGGCCGUUUGAAGUUUGCCAAUGAACAUCUGAAUGAUUCAGAGGAGAACUGGGUGAAAGUGUUGUGGUCAGAUGAGACAAAUCGAGUUCUUUGGCAUCAACUCAACUCGCCGUGUUUGGAGGAGGAGGAAUGCUGCCUAUGACCCCAAGAACACCAUCCCCACCGUCAAACAUGGAGGUGGAAACAUUAUGCUUUGGGGGUGUUUUUCUGCUAAGGGGACAGGACAACUUCACCGCAUCAAAGGGACGAUGGACGGCGCCAUGUACCGUCAAAUCUUGGGUGAGAACCUCCUUCCCUCAGCCAGGACAUUGAAAAUGGGUCGUGGAUGGGUAUUCCAGCAUGACAAUGACCCAAAACACACGGCCAAGGCAACAAAGGAGUGGCUCAAGAAGAAGCACAUUAAGGUCCUGAAGUGGCCUAGCCAGUCUCCAGACCUUAAUCCCAUAGAAAAUAUGAAACCUUAAUGACUUGGAGAAGAUCUGCAAAGAGGAGUGGGACAAAAUCCCUCCUGAGAUGUGUGCAAACCUGGUGGCCAACUACAAGAAACGUCUGACCUCUGUGAUUGCCAACAAGGGUUUUGCCACCAAGUACUAAGUCAUGUUUUGCAGAGGGGUCAAAUACUUAUUUCCCUCAUUAAAAUGCAAAUCAAUUUAUAUAAUUUUUGACAUGCGUCUUUCUGUUUUUUGUUGUUGUUAUUCUGUCUCUCACUGUUCAAAUAAACCUACCAUUAAAAUUAUAGACUGAUCAUGUCUUUGUCAGUGGGCAAACGUACAAAAUCAGCAGGGGAUUAAAUACUUUUUUCCCUCACUGUAUAUGUACUUCCUGUACAUAUUAACUACUAUAUAACUGUCUCUACAUAUUAACUACUAUAUAACUGUCUCUACAUAUUAACUACUAUAUAACUGUCUCUACAUAUUAACUACUAUAUAACUGUCUCUACAUAUUAACUACUAUAUAACUGUCUCUACAUACUAACUACUAUAUAACUGUCUUAUAACUGUCUCUACAUAUUAACUACUGUAUAACUGUCUACAUAUUAACUACUGUAUAACUGUCUCUACAUAUUAACUACUAUAUAACUGUCUCUACAUAUUAACUACUAUAUAACUGUCUCUACAUAUUAACUACUAUAUAACUGUCUCUACAUAUUAACUACUGUAUAACUGUCUCUACAUAUUAACUACUAUAUAACUGUCUCUACAUACUAACUACUAUAUAACUGUCUCUACAUAUUAACUACUGUAUAACUGUCUCUACAUACUAACUACUAUAUAACUGUCUCUACAUAUUAACUACUAUAUAACUGUCUCUACAUAUUAACUACUAUAUAACUGUCUCUACAUAUUAACUACUAUAUAACUGUCUCUACAUAUUAACUACUAUAUAACUGUCUCUACAUAUUAACUACUAUAUAACUGUCUCUACAUAUUAACUACUAUAUAACUGUCUCUACAUAUGAACUACUAUAUAACUGUCUCUACAUAUUAACUACUGUAUAACUGUCUCUACAUAUGAACUACUAUAUAACUGUCUCUAACAGGAAGAAGCCUCUCCUGUUCUACUUCAACAUCCUGAAGUGUGCCAGUCCCCUGACCCUGCUGGAGUUCCAGUGCCCCACCACUCAGUUAUGUGUGGAGAGCUGUCCUACCAAACACAUGACGUUGCUGAAAGCCUAUCUGAACAAAGGAGACCAGGAGUACUACAAGCAGUUCUGCAAGGAAGAAGUGGACUUCUCCAAAAUGGUGGGCGACAGAGGAGACACAUUUGCAGUGGCAAAGUAGGUAGUUAAUGAAAUAAUGUGUAACUAAGGGUGAUUUUGUUGUGUUUUGCAGAGUGCUCCUGAGAUCCUGAGGGAUGGCCUGUGUCCUUCCAUGCUCAUGUCUAGCAAACCCUGUAAGUCUUCUCACGAGCCAUAGUGUGCACUGUGUGCACUGUGUGUGUGUGUGUGUGUGUGUGUGUGUGUGUGUGUGUGUGUGUGUGUGUGUGUGUGUGUGUGUGUGUGUGUGUGUGUGUGUGUGUGUGUGUGUGUGUGUGUGUGUGUGUGUGUGUGUGUGUGUGUGUGUGUGUGUGUGUGGAGCACGCGUGUGUGUUUUGAUGAAGAUUUAGUAAAUGUAUUGACCACACGGUCAAUGAUUCUUAAUCUCCACUCUCUCUCCUCUCCCUCCAGUCACUCGUCGGUGCCUCCCAGCUCUCAGGACCAUGAAAGGUGGUGUGGUCGUCGUUGGCAACGAGACUAUUUUUGACAACGGGGAGGGGGAGAAUGUGAACGCCACGGAUUUCCUGGACGCGGCAAAGUGAGUCCUCAUGCCUCAACCUGAAUGCAUCGUCGAUAUAUUAAUUAAUCACUCAACCUACCAACCAACGUAUCAAUCUGUCUGUCCGUCCGUCUAUCCGUCUGUCCGUCAAUUGUUAGCAAAGUGAUAAGUGGACUUGUUGUUGUUCUUACAGGAAGUCCAAUGUGGUUGUUGAGGCUCGCCAGGUAGCCAUGAGGAUCUUUGAGGACUACACUGUGUCCUGGUACUGGAUACUGCUGUGAGUAUCUCUCCGUGUUAAACACACUCAUCACACAAGACAAUAAAGAAAGUUGCACGCUCUAUAUGCCUAUUAUCCCAAUAAUGUAUUGCUGAGUAAACAUUUCCCCAUAGAGAUGGGUGUUCCCUCACAGGAACAACAAAGUGUGUUAUUAUUAUGUUAUUAUCUGUAUUCCACCAGUGGUCUGGUGAUAGUGGGGGGGUCAGUCUCAUUGGUAGAGCAUGGCGCUUGUAACGCCAGGGUAGUGGGUUCGAUCCCCGGGACCACCCAUACGUAAAAAUGUAUGCCACAUGACUGUAAGUCGCUUUGGAUAAAAGCGUCUGCUAAAUGGCAUAUUAUUAUUAUUAUUAUUAUAUUAUUAUCUUAAUAAAGGUCUGUGAAUUUGAAUGUUAUUUCCUGUCUCCUCCAGUGGUCUGGUGAUAGCCAUGGUGGUCAGUCUCAUCUUCAUCGUCCUCCUGCGCUACCUGGCCGGGAUCAUGAUCUGGGUCAUGAUCGUCAUGGUGAUACUGGUCAUCGGAUAUGGUAUGAUACUCCCUUUUCCUAAAACCUGUCUAACUGAAAACACACUGUUGUUUUACCUAUUUAAAGUACCAUUCAAAAGAAGCAUUUUAACAUUGUGCUUUGUCAAGUUAGCCAUUAAGAAAUGUUAGAGGGAUAUGACGUAGGUGCAGUAAGUAAACAGCAUAGUGGGUAAAUUUCACUAAGAGCGUUGGAGUGCAAUGCUAAACUUCUCUGCUGAUUUGGUCCAAUGGCUACCAGGCUGUAAUGGCGUGAAGCGAACCCUGUACACAUUCGCAGAUACUGUGCGCCACUGUGUGAGAGGGAAGUCAUGCAUCUUGCUCAUUGCAAUAUCUGCAGUGAUGCUCAUGCAACGUCAUUUCGCUGACUCUUACCUUUAAAAUGUUUAGGGAUCUUCCAUUGUGCCAUGGAGUACCGCAACCUGAAGGGAGAGCCGGGUGCUGACGUCACUAUCCGUGACCUGGGACUGCAGACAGACUUCUCUGUUUACCUGCAGAUCAGACAGACCUGGCUGGCUUUCAGUGAGUACAUGCACUCAUUCUCUCUCCUUCUCUCCCCCCCGCCCCCUCUCUCUCCCUCUCUCUCUCUCUCUCUCUCUCUCUCUCUCUCUCUCUCUCUCUCUCUCUCUCUCUCUCUCUCUCUCGCUCUCGCUCUCUCAAUUCAAUUUCAAUUUAAGGGCUUUAUUGGCAUGGGAAACGUAUGUUAACAUUGCCAAAGCAAGUGAAGUAGAUAGUAAACAAAAGUGAAAUAAACAAUAAAUAUUAACAGUAAACAUUACACUCAGAAGUUCCAAAAUAAUAAAGACAUUUCAAAUGUUAUAUUAUAUAUAUACAGUGUUGUAGCAAUGUGCAAAUAGGUAAAGUACAAAUGGGAAAAUAAAUCAACAUAAAUAUGGGUUGUAUUUACAAUGGUGUUUGUUCUUCACUGGUUGCCCUUUUCUUGUGGCAACAGGUCACAAAUCUUGCAGCUGUGAUUGCACACUGUGGUUUUUCACCCAGUAGAUAAGGGAGUUUAUCAAAAUUGGGUUUGUUUUCGAAUUCUUUGUGGAUCUCUGUAAUCUGAGGGAAAUAUGUGUCUCUAAUGUGGUCAUACAUUUGGCAGGAUGUCUCUCUUUUUCUGUCUCCCAUGGACCUUCCCUACGACAGAAAGCACGAAGCAGAGGCGAGGGAGGGGAGAGAGAUCGUGCUAGUCUCUCUCUCUCUCUCUCUCUCUCUCUAUCUCUCUCUCUCUCUCUCUCUCUUCUCUCUCUCCGCUCUCUCUCUCUCUCUCUCUCUCUCUCCCCCUCUCUCUCUCACUUCCUCUCAAGUUGAGACAAACACACACUCUAACAGUGCUCCUCUCCUCCGUCAGUAAUCAUCCUGUCCAUUGUGGAGGUGGUCAUCAUCCUGCUGCUCAUCUUCCUCAGGAAGAGAGUCCUAAUCGCCAUCGCCCUCAUCAAGGAGGCCAGCAGGGCUGUUGGCCAUGUGAUGUCAUCACUGUUCUACCCUCUGUUGACCUUUGCCCUCCUGGCCCUGGUCAUUGCCUACUGGGCCAUCACUGCUGUGUAUCCUUCAGCUGUCAGUCAUGUUAUUCAUGUUUACUUGUCUGUCAAGGGAAAAUAAGUGUUCUUGUAAUGGUGUAAAAUGUACUAGAUUACUUUUAGGUCUAGGUUUUGUUGUAGAGCUACUCUAGAUAGCUAUAGAUGAUAAACGUAACCGUGCAGAUUGAAAUGUGGACAGACUGGGACCGUCAAGGAAAAUAACUGGGACAACUCCUCCACAAGUCAUCGCUGCAGAAACUAAAUGUAUCCAUAAUGUUUCUAUACAGAUGAUCACGUCUGUAUGACAUGUCUCAGUAUCUACUUCCUUAGUGAUGGAACCUCCUUGACCGCCUUUCCCAGCUUCUUGUCAACCUCCAAUGAGCAGGUGUACAAAGUGUUCAACACCACUGAGUGUGAGUACUCCAGAGACACCUGCAAUCCCGAGGUGAGCCAUGAGAUGUCUCUGUUCUUACAUAUCUGCCUGUUUACAUGUCAGACUUAAUAAAAAAAACUUGUAUAUGUUCCUUCUAUUCUAUAUGUAUAUAGUGUUCAAAAACGGCUUUUUUCCUCAUUUAUUGAAUAUAAAUAACCAUGAAUUUGUAUUUUUGAGUGGACUACUCCUUUAAUACCAGCAGAAGUGCCAAUAUCACAGAGAAUUUCCCCUCUCUUUCCUAAGACUUUCAACAACACCAACAUCACAGCACAGUGCCCGGACGCCGAGUGCCUGUUUGCCUUCUACGGAGGAGAGACCUACUACCAUAAAUACCUCAUCGUGUUCCAGUUCUACAACGUGUUCCUCUUCUUCUGGUGCGCUAACUUUGUGACGGCGCUGGGUCAGGUGACCCUGGCUGGUGCCUUCGCAUCCUACUACUGGGCCUUCAAGAAACCUGACGACAUCCCAGCCAACCCCAUCUUCUCCUCGCUCGGUCGAGCCCUCAGGUAGGAGGGGCAGUGUGUAUGGGAUGGGGGGGGGGGGGGGGUUUGGGUGCAUGUGUGUGGUGUGUGUGUGUGGGAACAGUGCAUGUGGGUGGGGGAGGGGAAUGUGUGUGUGAGUGAGUGAAAUAAAGAGAGGGGUGCGUGGAGAGUUAGUGAGAGACCUAUAAUUUGGGCACCAUCUUUGACCUUCUUCCCCCUGUCUAGAUACCAUACAGGCUCCCUGGCCUUCGGCUCCCUCAUCUUGUCUCUGGUUCAGGUCAUCAGGGUUCUGCUGGAGUACCUGGACCACAAGCUGAAAGGUGAGGUGGUGUUCUCACAUAUCCUGUUCCAUUCUCAGACGUGGAUAACUGGGAUACUUCCUCAUUGACAUCAUACAGUGGGAAAUGGACCAAAAAAUUUCACUACUAACUGUUACAUUUUAAUAGAUGGUUGUUGUCGAAAUGAAUAGGAACAGAUUAUUAUCUCCUGUUUGUUGUUAUUUAACCCACUAGCUGCCCAGAAUCGCUUUGCCAAGUUCCUACUCAGCUGCCUGAAGUGCUGCUUCUGGUGCCUGGAGAAAUUCAUCAAGUUCCUCAACAGAAAUGCCUACAUCAUGGUGAGUUCAUCUACAUAACUGUGCGAAUUGAAGUUCUUUGUGAGUUAAAGACUGUGUGAACUGUGUGAAUUGAAGACUGUGUGAAUUGAAGACUGUGUGAACUGUGUGAAUUAAAGACUGUGUGAAUUGAAGACUGUGUGAACUGUGUGAAUUGAAGACUGUGUGAACUGUGUGAAUUAAAGACUGUGUGAAUUAAAGACUGUGUGAACUGUGUGAAUUAAAGACUGUGUGAACUGUUUGAUUUAAAAACUGUGUGAACAGUGUGAAUUAAAGACUGUGUUGACACUGUAUGUAACACCACAUGAUUCCCCUAGGUGGCGAUAUACGGUAAAAGCUUCUGUACCUCAGCCAGAGAUGCCUUCUUCCUCCUCAUGAGAAAUAUAAUCAGGUGAGUGUUGUUGACUACUGAGACACCCUUCAUAAACCCUUCACAACUCCUUCACAACUCCUUCACAAACCCCAGCCUUUGGGACCUUUUCUGAAGAGCAAUAGCAUCUUUAACAACUCCACGUCUCCAUUCAUAUAUACAGUAUACAUUUAUCUCUUUGGUUUUCUGUCUCUUUUGAUUCCUUUCUCUGUUGGCUUCUCAGGGUGGCUGUCUUGGACAAGGUGACUGACUUUCUGUUGUUUUUGGGGAAGCUCCUCAUCGUUGGAAUUGUGGGUAAGUGAUCCUCAGAAACACAAGCAGAGAGACUUAAUUUACACCUAGUACAGUUUGCCCACCAUCUGUGAUACCUUUCAGUAAGCCCUCAUAUCCUAAUCAUAUGCAUCUCUUCUUCUCUUUCUAGGAAUCUGUUCUUUCUUCUUCUUCUCUGGGAGGAUCAAGGCUGUGGAGCAGACUGCACCCUCUCUCAACUACUACUGGGUUCCCAUUCUGGUGAGAGACAGGCCUGAAUGAACUCUUAUACUGUUACAUCGAGCCAUGUUUCUCAACGUUCAUUGUGCUAGGGAUUGGUAAGCUAAGGUCAUACUUAUUAAUAGGACCCUUACAUUAAAACUGGUCAGCAUUAUCCCAGGACCAGUCUACGGAUCCAAAGCUGAGAAACACUGCCAUAGCGUGUCUGUAAGUGGUGUUUGUAUUGAUUCCAACACUGUGUUUGUAACUGUUUCUCUCUUCCUAGACGGUGGUGGUGGGAUCCUACCUGAUUGCCCAUGGAUUCUUCAGUGUGUACGCCAUGUGUGUGGACACACUCUUCCUCUGCUUCUGUGAGUAAUAUCCUAUUUUAUUAAUAUACUCUUUAAUCACUCACACAACUUUCCAAACCUGAAAUGCUCUUUUUACCUGAGAUUCCUCUUUUGCCUGUCAUGUUUCUGACUUUUCCUUCUGUUUGUCUCUUUCCUCCUUAUUUCACACUUCACUAUUUCUUAUUCCACACUUUUUGGUUCUGUUCUUUUUUUCCACUAACCCGAACAAACAUUAACCCCAUAAUACACAUCAAACACACACACAACGAAGGCGAAGACCUGGAGAGAAACGACGGCUCCCCAGAAAGGCCGUAUUUCAUGUCUCCGGAGCUUCACGAGAUUCUCUCCAAAACCAAAAUGGCGGAGGAAGAGGAUAACAAAGAUGGUAUGGAACAGCCAGACGCUGACCCAAGUGAACCUACACAGAUGGACGAAGUUCGCCUGGAGGAGGAGGUACCACUGAAAGAACAAGAUGGAGAGAUACAACUGAAACGCCAAGAUGUGUUCAUGCAGGUCAACGAAGAGGAGCAACCUCUGAAGGAGAAGACCGAAGCUGCGGAAGUGGAAGAACCACAAGAGGAGAAAUCUGAAGAGAAGGAACUAGAAAAGAAGGGACCAGAAGAGGAGGAACGAGUGGAAGAAAAGGAAUCAAACGAGGACAAGCCUGAAGAGAAGGAUCACCAGCCGACAGAACCUGAAAAGGAAGAGACAGAGGAAAAGAAACCUCAAGAGGCGGAGCCUAAAGACCCUCCUUCUACACCCCAGGAGUAGUAGUUAAUGUUGUCAUGGAGACGUGAAGCUUGGUAAACCUCAUAACUAGGACAGGAAAAACUCCUGGCCCUACUCAUAUAACAUGUGCCGUAUGGAGCCAGUAUACAGUACCUGUUACUAACGACCUAAUAUGUAAUUCUAUGCUAAUAUGUAAUUCUAUGCUAACGACUGUGUGAUUUGAAACAGUUAAAUGUAUGACCAGCUUUUAAAUGCAAGACUUGUGCUAAUUUAUUGUAUUCACACAUAGGGUUGUUUUAACGUAAAGGUAGCUGGUUUUAACAAGGUCCUGUGGUUGUAAAAGGCUGAUCAAAAACCCAGUGCAUCUCUGUAGCUUGAAAAUAUUUUUAUGUUUAUUUAUUUAUUAUUAAUUUAUUGUGUUGGUUUGGUUUUAGACAGUGUUGUUUUUUUAUCGUGAGGAUCUGUAGAUCUGUGAGUGCUGAACCUGUGCCUGACUACUACAAAUGUCAUUAUUAAUAUUUAAUUGUCUUAAUAUCAUGAGUUAAUGAGUAAUGAAUGCACUAUGAAUCCACUAUUACAAUGUUUACAGUCAAUCCAAACAGAACUGCAACUAACGGUGAAAAUUAACAAUGUUUACAUUGAUACCAGCUGACACCAAAUGGUAAAAUCCUUUGAUAUCCUUUGAUAUGAAAAUGGGAUUUCCAAUGGAAUCAAUGUGUAUGUACAGUAUGUAUUUACUAAUUUGUAUGCUUAUUAUGUCUUAUUACAUAUGUAUGUAGUUAUUUAUUUUUUGUAUCAAUUAUAUAGAUGCUCCCUCCAGCCAAGAACACGUUUUUAGACUCAAUGUAUUGUAUUGAAACGCCACCAACUACAGUGAGGGAAAAAAGUAUUUGAUCCCCUGCUGAUUUUGUACGUUUGCCCACUGACAAAGACAUGAUCAGUCUAUAAUUUUAAUGGUAGGUUUAUUUGAACAGUGAGAGACAGAAUAAAAACAAAAAAAUCCAGAAAAACGCAUGUCAAAAAUGUUAUAAAUUGAUUUGCAUUUUAAUGAGGGAAAUAAGUAUUUGACCCCUCUGCAAAACAUGACUUAGUACUUGGUGGCAAAACCCUUGUUGGCAAUCACAGAGGUCAGACAUUUCUUGUAGUUGGCCACCAGGUUUGCACACAUCUCAGGAGGGAUUUUGUUCCACUCCUCUUUACAGAUCUUCUCCAAGUCAUUAAGGUUUCGAGGCUGACGUUUGGCAACUCGAACCUUCAGCUCCCUCCACAGAUUUUCUAUGGGAUUAAGGUCUGGAGACUGGCUAGGCCACUCCAGGACCUUAAUGUGCUUCUUCUUGAGCCACUCCUUUGUUGCCUUGGCCGUGUGUUUUGGGUCAUUGUCAUGCUGGAAUACCCAUCCACGACCCAUUUUCAAUGCCCUGGCUGAGGGAAGGAGGUUCUCACCCAAGAUUUGACGGUACAUGGCCCCGUCCAUCGUCCCUUUGAUGCGGUGAAGUUGUCCUGUCCCCUUAGCAGAAAAACACAACAUAAUGUUUCCACCUCCAUGUUUGACAGUGGGGAUGGUGUUCUUGGGGUCAUAGGCAGCAUUCCUCCUCCUCCAAACACGGCGAGUUGAGUUGAUGCCAAAGAUUUUGGUCUCAUCUGACCACAACACUUUCACCCAGUUCUCCUCUGAAUCAUUCAGAUGUUCAUUGGCAAACUUCAGACAGGCCUGUAUAUGUGCUUUCUUGAGCAGGGGGACCUUGCGUGCGCAGCAGGAUUUCAGUCCUUCACGGCGUAGUGUGUUACCAAUUGUUUUCUUGGUGACUAUGGUCCCAGCUGCCUUGAGAUCAUUGACAAGAUCCUCCCGUGUAGUUCUGGGCUGAUUCCUCACCGUUCUCAUGAUCAUUGCAACUCCACGAGGUGAGAUCUUGCAUGGAGCCCCAGGCCAAGGGAGAUUGACAGUUAUUUUGUGUUUCUUCCAUUUGCGAAUAAUCGCACCAACUGUUGUCACCUUCUCACCAAGCUGCUUGGCGAUGGUCUUGUAGUCCAUUCCAGCCUUGUGUAGGUCUACAAUCUUGUCCCUAACAUCCUUGGAGAGCUCUUUGGUCUUGGCCAUGGUGGAGAGUUUGGAAUCUGAUUGAUUGAUUGCUUCUGUGGACAGGUGUCUUUUAUACAGGUAACAAAUUGAGAUUAGGAGCACUCCCUUUAAGAGUGUGCUCCUAAUCUCAGCUCGUUACCUGUAUAAAAGACACCUGGGAGCCAGAAAUCUUUCUGAUUGAGAGGGGGUCAAAUUCUUAUUUCCCUCAUUAAAAUGCAAAUCAAUUUAUAACAUUUUUGACAUGCGUUUUUCUGGAUUUUGUUGUUGUUAUUCUGUCUCUCACUGUUCAAAUAAACCUAACAUUAAAAUUAUAGACUGAUCAUUUCUUUGUCAGUGGGCAAAUGUACAAAAUCAGCAGGGGAUCAAAUACUUUUUUCCCUCACUGUACUUGUCUUGGAAUUUCAGACUGGCUUAACUGCUGUGAUUGUGUUGCUGUGAUGCAAUUGUUUUAACCUCUCAGAUCUGGGUCGUAUUAACCACAGGAGGUUGGUGGCACUUUAAUUGGGGAGGACAGGCUCUUGGUAAUGGCUGGAGCGGAAUCAGUGAAAUGGUAUCAAAUACAUCAAACACAUGGUUUCAACGUGUUUGAUGCCAUUCCAUUUACUCCGUUCCGGCCCUUAUUAUGAGCCGUCCUCCCCUCAGCAGCCUCCAGUGGUAUUAACUGGGCACAAAACGGAAGCAAAUUAGCUGAAACGGGGAGGGACUACCUGAACUUGUCCAAUAAGAAACGCUUAUUUAUAUUUUCCAUAGCGAAACGUUUUUAAACGUUUUCCGCUGUAUGGCCUAAUGAAUACGACCCUGCAAGCCCUGUUCAAUGUUUACUGACUCUAUUUACCUUUGUUUUCUUCCCUCUCUCUUUCUGUCUCUCUCUCUUUCUGUCUCUCACUCUCUUCUUCCUACCUCUGUGCUGCAUGGUGUUUCAGUAACAUUGCCUAUUGAGUGCUUAAUCAAAACUAACCUUGCAACCUAAUGUCAGUGUUUUCUAUCUGUUUCUGUCAGUGUGUGUCACAUUGUAAACAUGUUAGCUGAUGUAGUAUUUCACUUAUAUAUGAUACAUUCGACUCAGUUUGCUUCUGUUGGAUGCAGCUGUUGAUUAAAGUUUGUUGUAUUGAUCACAAGACCGUUUUUUUGCAUGUAAAUGACAAAUGUAAUCAUAUCAAAUGAUGAUAGGACAGUGGGAGAGUGACACAAUGGUGAGUUUCUAUUCACUUUGGGACAGUUUCCCAGAUACAGACUUAAUAAAUGUAGUCCUGGACUAAAAAAGCACUUUCAUCAAUGCAAGCUUUUCAGUACAGGAUUAAGCUUAGACUGUGUCUGUGAAACCAUCCCUUUAUGUUGUUAGGAAUAGGAUACUGUUUUACCUGAAGAGAUGUUUAGUUUGACAAUGGUUGGUUCUCUUAUUGUUGUUUCAUCAAUUCAUUGAUUUUCCAGUGGAAGACCUGGAACGCAACGACGGAACUGCAGAGAGACCCUACUUCAUGUCUCAGAACCUUCUCACCAUUCUGAAGAAGUCCAAUGAGGAUCAGACCAAGACUGUAGACUAA